AUGGUUGUGAAUACUUUCACUCCCCAUAUCGCGAAGCUCGCCAGGUUCUCACUUGGAAGGUUCACAAAUCGCUGGGCGAAUGAGGAAGAACUAAACAAGCCCUCAAUUUUGAAAGACAAUAAAAUCCCCAAGGAUGUACCAGCACAGUGGAGUGUUUUGAGAUGGCAAUAUCAAAGCGAGUUAUUGAUGGAGAUCAAGAGUAGAGAUAUGGAAAGAGUGAGGCAACAGCAACCCCUGGAUGGGGUGAUGUUGGGGAUGGGGGAGAAAGCGGAGAUGAAGGAUUUGAUGAGCGAGAACCAUCUUUGGAUGUGUGCUGUUUAA